UAACUUUAUUUUGAGCUUUCCAUCUGUACUGUACUUAAUGGAUUUUACUUCGAGGACAGAGUGUGUUUUCUGGAUAGCCUGUGGAUAACUGUUGAAUGUUUGUUUCCAGCUAAAAAUGGAGCCAUUAGAGACAUCCGUCAUAGAUGAGCUUUGUUUAGCUUUUAUAGUCUGCCAUGAUCACCUGAAUCGUGAGUACUCUAUUUCACAUCGGAAGACAUGAACGAAUGCAAGAUUUCAUUCUCCUUGAGAUCACUAUAUGGGCUGUAUCCAUACAAGUCCAGCAUGAUCAGGCUGGAGGGGCUGGAAAACCCCUCUGACAACUGGAAUAUUGUGGAGACCAUUGGGGAGGGAACCUACGGUAAAGUCUUUAAAAUCACCAACAAGAAAGAUGGACGUCAAGCAGCGGCGAAGGUUUUGGAUCCUGUUAAUGAUGUUGAUGAGGAGAUUGAGGCAGAAUACAACAUCCUGCGCUCUCUUUCAAACCAUCCUAAUGUGGUAAAGUUUCUUGGCAUGUUCUACAAAGCUGACGAGUUCACUGGAGGACAGCUGUGGUUGGUUCUAGAGCUGUGUAAUGGGGGUUCAGUAACAGAACUGAUAAAGGGUUUGCUGAUGAGGGGAAAACGUCUGGAAGAGCCUGUCAUCUCUUACAUCCUCUGUGGUGCUCUGCUGGGCCUGCAGCAUCUGCACAAUAACCGAAUAAUCCAUCGAGACGUCAAGGGCAACAACAUCCUGCUCACCACAGAUGGAGGUGUCAAGCUGGUGGAUUUUGGUGUGUCGGCUCAGCUGUCGAGUGCACGCUUGCACAGGAACACGUCAGUGGGAACGCCAUUCUGGAUGGCUCCUGAGGUAAUUGCAUGUGAGCAGCAGUUGGAUUAUUCGUAUGAUGCCCGCUGUGAUGUGUGGUCUCUGGGCAUCACUGCUAUUGAGCUGGCUGAUGGAGAUCCACCACUGGCUGAGUUGCAUCCUGUAAAAGCUCUGUUUAAAAUACCAAGAAACCCACCUCCUAAACUCCGCCAUGCAGAUCAGUGGUGCAGAAGCUUCAGUCACUUCAUUGCUCAGUGCUUGAUAAAAGAUUUCGAGGCACGUCCUUCAGUCACCCAUCUGCUGGAACACCCCUUUAUUAAGCAGGCUCACGGCAGAGAUGCUGCGCUCAGGAAACAGCUCUCGGCUCUCAUACAGGACCAACAGAACGCCGGCUCCAAGACCAGGACCAGGACCAAGCAUGAACGGAUCAAUACACGUAAAACACUGCUGAUUGAGAGUUUUCCUGAUGAUGACCUGGUGAACCUGGAGGCUUUAGAUGAGGAAACUAUAAUCACACAUCUUCAGAGGCGCUAUGACGAACUGCAGAUAUACACCUAUGUUGGAGACAUCCUCAUCGCGCUGAACCCGUUCCAGGCUCUGAACAUUUACUCGCCACAGUUCUCUAAGCUGUAUCAUGGAGCAAAGCGCUCAGAUAAUCCUCCUCAUAUAUUUGCCACUGCUGAUGCAGCUUAUCAAGGGAUGGUAACAUUCUGCAAAGACCAGUGUAUAAUCAUCAGUGGGGAAAGUGGAGCAGGCAAAACCGAGAGUGCUCAUCUGAUCGUCCAACAUCUCACUUUUCUGGGAAAGGCUAAUAACCGAACACUGCGGGAAAAGAUCCUGCAGGUGAAUCCACUGGUGGAAGCAUUUGGUAACGCGUGCACGGCUAUUAAUGAUAACUCCAGUCGCUUUGGGAAGUACCUGGAGAUGAAGUUCACACCCACUGGCGCUGUCAUGGGUGCGAAGAUCUCUGAGUACCUGCUGGAGAAAUCACGAGUCAUCAAACAGGCCACAGGGGAGAAAAACUUUCACAUAUUUUAUUACAUAUAUGCUGGUCUUUAUCAUCAAGACAGUCUGAAGAAAUACAGAUUACCUGAGAAAACAGCACCCAGGUACAUUAAUAAUGCAAAUGGCAAAAUAAUGCAGGAAAUUGUGUCCAGCCAAUUAUACAAAGACCAGUUUGCUGCUAUUCAGGACUGCUUCCGCAUAAUCGGGUUUUCAGAAGAGGAAGUGAAUUCUGUAUACAGAAUCUUGGCUGCUAUUUUAAACACUGGUAAUAUCGAGUUUACCUCCACCACCUCUCAGCACCAAACGGAUAAGAGUGAAGUGCCGAACUCUGAGGCAUUAGAAAACGCCGCGGUUCUGCUGUGUAUAGGAGCACAGGAACUGCAGGAGGCGUUGACCUCUCACUGUGUAGUAACACGUGGCGAGACCAUAAUCCGCACCAAUACAGUGGAUAAGGCCACUGAUGUGAGGGAUGCCAUGUCCAAGGCCCUCUAUGGCCGACUCUUCAGCUGGAUAGUGAAUCGUAUCAAUGCUCUUCUACAGCCGGACAUCAAGAGCUGCGCUGCAGAGAGCGGGAUGUACGUGGGAAUUUUGGACAUCUUCGGCUUCGAGAACUUCAAGAAGAACUCGUUUGAACAGCUGUGCAUAAACAUUGCCAACGAACAGAUUCAGUUCUACUUUAACCAGCACAUCUUUGCCCUUGAACAGAUGGAGUAUCAGAGUGAGGGGAUAGAUGCCAGUCUGGUGGAGUAUGAAGACAACAGGCCGAUUUUGGACAUGUUCCUACAGAAGCCUAUGGGGCUUCUCUCGCUGCUGGAUGAGGAGAGCCGCUUCCCUCAGGCAACAGACCAAACCCUUGUUGACAAAUUUGAAGACAACCUACGCUACAAGUACUUCUGGAGACCAAAGCGUGUAGAGUUGUGCUUUGGAAUUCAGCAUUAUGCUGGAAAGGUGCUGUACAGUGUGAAUGGUUUUCUGGAGAAGAAUCGAGACACUCUGCCUGCAGACAUCAUGGUUGUUUUGAGAAUGUCUGAGAACAAAUUGCUGCAGCAGCUGUUCUCCAAUCCUCUUACUAAAACUGGUAACUUGGCCACAUCCAGAGCCAGAGUUACUGCAGCAUCCCGAUCUCUGCCUCCUCAGCUCCACGCAGGACGUAACAAGUCUCCUAAAUUUUGGAAAAAGGUGGACACCAUGGAAAUGAUGAGACACCCAGAGGAGACCACCAACAUGAGAAGACAGACUGUAGCAUCCUACUUCCGUUAUUCUCUGAUGGAUCUGCUGUCGAAAAUGGUAAUGGGAACGCCUCACUUUGUGCGCUGCAUUAAACCCAAUGAUGAUCGCCAGGCUCUGCGCUUCUGUCAAGAGCGUGUGAUGGUGCAGCUAAGGUACACAGGCAUCCUGGAGACUGUCGACAUCCGACGCCAGGGCUUCUCUCAUCGCAUCACCUUUGAUGACUUUGUUAACAGAUACUACUACCUGGCAUUCCGGGCACAUCAGAUGCCAGAGAGCAGUAAGGAAAAUGCGGUCAUUAUUUUACAGAAAGCCAAGCUGGACAACUGGGUUCUGGGCAGGACUAAGGUGUUUCUGAAGUACUACCACGUGGAGCAACUGAAUUUGUUGUUAAGAGAGGUGAUGGCUCGGGUGGUGGUGAUCCAGGCCUACACUAAAGGCUGGCUGGGGGCAAGAAGAUACCGCCGGGAGAAAGAGAAACGCAAUCACGGGGCAAUCAUCAUCCAGUCAGCAUGGAGGGGUUAUUUAGUCCGUCAACAUGUGAAGCAGAUUAAGCAGGAUCGGGAGAAUGCAGCAGUGCAGAUUCAAUCAGCUUACAGAGGACACAGAAUCAGAAAAGAGUGCAAACAAAGCCACCAGCAAUCUUCAUCUGAUUCCCGAUCAACUGGGGAAGGUACAUCUCAAAGAAGAGGCUCUGACUGCCAUAUCCAUAAAGACAAGGUUGUCUCUGUCAGUAGUGACAGACAGAGUGAAGUUGACUGUAAAGGAAAAAGCACAGCUGAUGUGUCUGUACUGAAGACUACUGGAGAGAGAGACAGCACAACACAUCACAAACAAGGCCCAGCAGCAAAGUUACUACAGCGCACCCCUCGGCGUCGAGGCCAGCAGCCCAAACUACUGAACAGCCCAGAGGACAGUAUUUACUACAACCAGCUCAAUAGAGCUCUAGAUUACCAGGGGAGCAAGAGGAAGCCCAGAAAACUUGGCCAGAUCAAACUUCUUGAUGGAGAGGAUGAGUAUUAUAAACUGUUGUUGGUGGCGGAGUCUGUCCCUGAGGAAGAUGUCUCUUCUAUCCCUCCUCCUCCUCCCUCUGGUCCUGCUCCGGUUUCUCCACUGGAGAGAGAAGCUCUGCUCAGCCAGAACUGAAAGAACAACACAGUGCUGCUGCUCAGCCUUGACCUGUGCCCUAGCCGAGUCCAUAGCAGGAUUGCCAUCAAGUCCUAUGUAGAUAAAUGUUUAUUGUAUAUUACAGUAAAUACGGUGAAACUUAAAUCUGUAUUAAUUACUUGUCCAUUUUUGGUAUGAAGAAUGUGACCAUAAAUUAACUAUUUAUUUUGUAGAUAUAUGGAUUUCUGUGGUGUAACUGAUGUCAUUCUUAUUCUAUUCUACUUUUGUAGUAAUAAUUUUUUUCUUGCCAACCUGUAAAAAAAAAUUAGACUGUUCAUAGAAAAUUAUCUUUUACUUUUGACUUUGUUUUUAUGGCAUUGUGCAUUUUAAUCAUUUCCUAAACUUAUUGUUCUAUUUUCAAUUUACUUUUUUUUUUUUUUUCAUUUUUUCAUUUUAUUUGACGAGGGGUUCUCCACCGAACAACACAACUUACCACAGCUCAAUAUGCAUAUGUAAACCCAGAUCCAUCCAGCGAGUAUGUGUCGUUAUCCCAUUUGGUAGCGUUAACUGUGAAAAUAAGAGAAGUUUCUUUGGAGGCUAUCUGUUGUAGAAAUUAUAGGUAGAAAUAAGUUUUAAAAUACCAGUAAAUAUAUUUUUUUAAAUUAACUUGAACUGA